AUGGGCGCGCGAAAAGCAUCCGGCGACAACGUCUUCGAGGCGCGGCGCGGCGACAACGCGAGCGCGCUCGCGGCCGCCGCGUCGGCCGACGACCGGCCGCACGUGUUCCUCAUCGUCGCGGACGAUUUGGGCUACGGCGACGUGUCGUACAACGGCGACGGUUCCCUGACGAACGCCGUCGCGACGCCCUACCUCGACCGCCUCGCCGCCGACGGCAUCACGCUGACGCGCUUCUACAGCCAGUGCGACUGCACGCCCGCCCGCGCCGCGCUCCUCACCGGCCGCUACCCGUCGAACACGGGCAUGCAGCACGAGGUCGUCACGGCCCAGUCGCAGUGGUCGCUGCCCCACGAGUUCGCGCUCCUGCCGUCGGCGCUGCCGGAGGGCUACCGGAAGCACGCCAUCGGCAAGUGGGACGUGGGCCACGCGCGGGCCGCGGACACGCCGACGGCGCGCGGCUUCGACUCGCACCUGGGCUACUACGGCGCCGAGAUCACCUACGACGAGCACGCCGCGCUCCGGAGCUGCUCCAACGGGACCAUCCGGGACAUGAACCACGACGGCGCGACGCUCGCGGCGACGGAGGACCGCUACUCGACGCACCUCUUCGCGGACCACGCGAUGGCGCUCGUCGACCGGGAGGCCGACGAGUAUAAGCUCUUCCUCUACCUCUGCUUCCAGGCCGUGCACCAGCCCCUGGCCGCGGACGCGGCGCUCGUGAAACGCUUCGCGGACGCGUUCCUCGACGAGUCGGACGCGGCGCGGUCGACCUUCGCGGCCGUCGCGCUCGAGCUCGACCGCGCCGUGGAGCGCUUCGUCGAAUUCACCAAGGCCCGGGGCGCCUACGACGACGCCGUCUUCUUCUUCAUGUCCGACAACGGCGCGACGCUGGCCCAGAGCGGCGGCGGCUCGAACUGGCCGCUCCGGGGGUCCAAGUUCACGGCCUACGAGGGCGGCGUGCGCGUGCCCGCCUUCCUCCACUCCGCGCGCGUGCCACCGGCGCGGCGCGGCGCGGCGCACGCCGGCCUCUUCCACGUCGUCGACGUGCUCCCGACGCUCGCGGCCUUCGCGGAGUCGGCGGACCGCGUGCCCGCGGGCGUCGACGGCGUCGACCAGCGCGACGCCGUGCUCCACGGCGCCGCCGCGCCGCGCACUGAGGCGCUGCUCCACGCCGACGACCUCGGCUACGAGCGGACGAGCAUGGGCUUCUGGACCGGCGCGUUCCUCCGCGGGCGGUACAAGGUCGUGAUCAACGCGACGGCCGCGGGCUGGUGCUCGCCGGACAGCGAGCGCUACCGCUACGACGCCAAGUGCUGGACGCUGCCGACGACGUACUGGGCCGACGUCCACGACGGCGCGGGGACCUACUCCCAGUACUUCAACGAGUCCUACCUCUUCGACGUCGUCGAGGACCCGUCGGAGCGCACGGACCUCCGGGCGGCCAUGCCCGAGAAGUACGCCGAGCUCGUCGACGCGUUCCGGGACGCGACGGCGGCCGCGCGCGAGACCCAGUACGUCGCGGACUGCUCCGAGGCGGCCGGCGGCGACUGCGACGCGCUCUACGAGACGUGGAUCCACGACGGCGCGUGCCUCGUGUCGCCCUGGCUCUAA